AUGAAUCUUUUUAUUUGUAUCCUACUUUUGUCCAUUUGGACAAAUAAUUGUUUAAAUACAAACCAAAGUGAUGUAUCUACUACUACAGGAGCUAAGCCCUUGGAAUCAAUGGAGACAAAAAUGGACAGUUUUAGGAGACAUUUACUCAUUAUCGUAACUGGUGUUAUGAUCGUAGCCUUUGUCUCUACGUGUUUUUGUUUCCUCCAUUUUAAUUGUAUGAGCGAUGAUGCCCCCAUAGCAGGAAUGGUCAAGAAAGAAGGUGUAGCAUCCAAGAAAUCCAGGUCAUCCAAAAUGUCAUUCAGUGAAUCCAAGACAGCCAGUCUGUGCAGUCCAGAAAAACAAGCCAUGCUAUCCACUAUAGACAGCUUAGCUAGGCCCUUGAGUGCAGAAAAGUCAUCCAUAUCAUCUAGUACAGAACAGUUAGUCAGUUCAUCAAGUCCAAAGAAGCCAUCCAAACCAUCAGGCUCAAAAAAAUUAUUCAGGUCAUACAGAAAAUGCUCUCUAAAAAAAUCACAUAAGCUAUCCCAUGCCCCUAAGCUAGUCAAUCCAUUCAAUGCAGGUAAGCCAGCCAGCCUACAAUAUCCAGCCAGUGCUCCAUCCAAGACACCGUGUCCACCUUAUCCACGAAAUCAAAUCUUGCCACCCAAGUCAUCUAGGCUACAGAAAUUGGCCAAGCCACCCAGACAUCUUAAAAGGUCAGCGAAUGUAGGCAAGGCAGCAUUGUUAUCCAGGCCUCAAUUAGCCAAUACCUGUCAAUGCUGUGAGAAAAGACACCCUGUUUGCAAAACUAUUUCUGAGCCAUUGGUCAAUGAUAUUUCUGAGGCAAAGAAGAAACAAGCACAAAACCUACCUGUUUCAAGUAAAGUGAAGUCUUUUCCUGGGUGCUUUCAUAAUGUAGAUUCCAGGGACAAUACAUACCAUGGUAAUAUGAGCGACAGUGAUAUGAUGACAUAUAACAGUGAUGAUGACAGUGACAGGGAGAUAACCAUUAUUUGCAAUAUGAGACAAAAUGAAGCCAUCUUUAAAGGCACUCCAAAUAACUAA